AUCCUCUUUUACUACCAAAACAAACAAGAAAAAAGGAAAAAGUCAUUUACGUAAAAUUUGAUCAAAUUCUGCACAUUUUCGCACACAAUCGAAAAAUCAAACGCUCUCAAUUUUCAAGUUUUGUAUAAUCUACCACAGGCUAAAAGUCGUCGGAGCUCUCUCUACCAAAUUCGUAAUCAAAGCCUUCACCUCCACGUCUACCGCUGCGGAUUUUGGAUGCCUUGAGCUUUGGUUCCACAGAAUAAGACGUCGCGACUGAUGAUAUCUUCUUCGAAGGAGGAAGAUCAAUCGGCAUCUGCUAAUGAGGACCGUGAAACAAAUUGUUGGGGUUGUGGGCUUCGUGUUAGCGUUGCUGCUUAUGCAUCAGUUUUCAAAUGCGGCUGGUGCGGAGCUAUAACUAAGGAACAUGUAGUGAAAAAUGAUAACAUCCGAUUGAGACGCUGGCUCGACCGUUGUUUUGUUACCAUCGUCAUUUCAUUUAUGCUAUUUUUUAUAUGUGCUGGUGUUUGGGCUGUUUAUCCUGUCAUCUUCUCCAAUAGUUACUUCUUUGGUGUUUUUCACUUGGCCAUUAUAGUGAUAUUGUCUAUAUGUACUUUAUCUUCAUUUUGCCUUUCGGCGUUUCAACAUGCUGGUGUUCCACCAAUGAUAAUCUGGGGUAGCUUUCCGGCAGUAGGGCAAGGUGGACUUGAGAACUAUACCUUCUGCCAUUAUUGCUCAAAGCCAAAAUCACCUAUAGCGCACCAUUGUCGUUCGUGUGGGACGUGUGUAUUGGACAUGGAUCAUCAUUGCCCUUUUAUUGGAAAUUGUGUUGGUGCUGCAAAUCAUCGGUGUUUUAUUCUCUUUCUUUUAUCAACAGUCAUAAGUACGCUUUAUGUUGCCGUUAUGACUUCCUAUUCUGCACUUCAAAUCUGGCCUCCUCUGGAGCAUAAAUCUCUGAUCCAAUUGAGUCAGUUUGCGAACCCUGAGUUAAUUUUUGUAGUUUUGAAAGACAACACUCUGGCCUUCUUGAGAUCAGCAGUGUUUCUAUCUGUGAGAGGACUUGUUCUUGUUUAUCUAUUUCUUUCUAGUUCCUCAGUGAGCAUUGGUUUGAGUGUGCUCUUGUGGCAGCAGCUUAGUUACAUAUAUGUUGGAAAGACAUACUUGAGUCAUCUAAGGGCGGUCGAUAGUGAAGAAGUGAUGGAAAGAGAUUGCCAAAAUCUUAUAAAUUUUUUUGGUUUUCCAUCUAAGACAGCAGCAUAUUUGCCAAGUUAUUGGAAGUCAAAGAAAGCUCACAAGAAGUGAAGAUGAGAGGUAGGCCAUUUCCCUUUACAUUAAUUUUCUUGAAUUUUCAAUUCAGUUGCCUUUACUUUGACUGGAAAUACAUUUGAGAUUUUGAGGUAAACAAAAAUCGAAGAGCUAGGAGCCAUAUACUUCAUUCCACAGACCAGCUAGGAACACAGAGCCUUGUGGCUUAACUAUUAUGUUUUCCAUGCUUAAUCUAAUUAAAGGUCAUUUACAUACUGCUUGAAGUCUUUUUUGCAUUAAGAACUUAAUAGUCUAAACUCCAUGUGUUGCCUUAAGAACUUAAUCUAGAUAAUCAAGAGUGUGUUACUUUUAUAUUCAACUAUGUUUUUCUUGAGCAAGUAGUGGUUACACAUACAAUAGGAGAAUAUUUUUGGAAAAGAUUAAUUGGGAAGCAAGCAUUAAACGUUAUGACUUAUGAGCAAAUGGGAAUUUAAAAGAUUUGAGUCUCUUAGGACUGGCAUGUGCAAACUGCAAAGACAGAAUACUUCCGAGAAUGGUCGACUCAUGUGUGCUUAUUACUUUGGGGUCACCACAAAAUACUCAUUGUGUGUAGUUAUCUGUUGUUGUGAAUACUGCAAUAAUCCCCUGAAAACUAACAACUCACAAAAUUAUUUUGAUUUUUUUUCCCCUUAAACUUAUGUGAUACUCAUCCUCAAUGUUCGUUUGAGAAAGCUAAUUCCCCAAAUCUGCCGCUUAUUUUGUUGCUGGUAUAUUUUUUAUAGGUUGGAGAAAAAUUGAAUCAGUUUCUGGUAGUUCUAUAUCUUACUUUGCUCUCCAUACCCAAGAUUCAUUAGAGCUGUAAAUGUCCAACUCACAAACUCAAUAAUUGCAUCUGAGUUUGCGUGCUUCAUCACCCUUGCACAAAUGGCCUCUAAAGGUUACAAAGUAGUGUGUUCAGUGGAUCUACUGCUGAGACAAAAUCCUGACUGCAGACUACUUCGUUGGCAUACGAAGGCUUCUCUUUCUCUCUCUCUCUUUCUGGUUUGGGAUAAGGUACUACCGAUCUCAUUGCAAAACAGUGUAUGAGAUAUCUAUAAAUGGCUCCUGGGUUGAGCAAACUUUUGUUUCAGUUUUUCCCUUGUAGUUAAUUAUAUUUCUUAUGUCAACUUUCAUUCCUCUAUACUUGAAGGGUGUGUUUACCUUUUAUCUCUCAAAAUGGAGGGAUAAUAUAAUGAGGUAUAAAUUUAUCAUUUAAA